CCUCAUGAAUCAAUAAAGGUACGAACAAAACACGUAGCCUUUUCUCAGCUUCAACCUCCUUGAUCAUAUCAUUUAUUGCAAUCUGGAACCCCCACCGUCACCCGCCCCACCUCAAGCUUUUUUGAUUUUCUGUUUCUUGUAUUUCCCGAAUUUGAAUCUUUGGGAGUUCAAAAAUGGUGACUGUGAAAAGAGGGAGUAGGCCUCCAUGGGUUGGACUUGGAGCAUCCAUUUGGAUGCAAAUAGCAGCUGGAAAUGCAUAUAAUUUUCCACUCUACUCUCAUUCAUUGAAAUCAGUUCUGGGUUUCAACCAAAGGCAGCUCACAAUGCUUGGGGUGGCUAAUGACAUUGGUGAAAAUGUCGGCAUACUCCCUGGACUUAUAUGCAACAAGUUCCCACCCUGGGUGAUUCUUUUGAUCGGUGCUUUUGCAUGUUUCUUGGGUUAUGGGGUUCUCUGGCUUGCCAUUAGCCGUACUGUUCUUGAUUUGCCUUAUUGGCUGUUAUGGGUUGCUUUAUGUAUUGCUACCAAUAGCAAUGCUUGGUUCAGCACUGCAGUACUUGUGACUAAUAUGAGAAACUUCCCUCUUAGUCGGGGCUCAGUCGCUGGUAUUAUCAAGGGCUAUGGAGGACUUAGUGCUGCUGUAUAUACGGAGAUUUACAGCAUAUUGCUUAAAAAUUCUUCUUCAAAACUCAUGUUAUUCCUCGCACUUGGGAUUCCUACUCUCUGUCUUAUGAUGAUGUAUUUUGUUAGGCCGUGUACUCCAGCUUCUGGCGAUGAUACUUCGGAAAAUUGCCAUUUUCUGUUCAUUCUAGCUUCUAGUAUCUUGCUUGGUAUAUAUGUUCUUACAACAACUGUUUUGGACGACGUGCUCUCUAUAAGGGCUCCCAUGUCCUAUUGUUUUCUUGCUCUUAUGGUCCUCUUUCUAAUGGCUCCACUUGCCAUCCCCGUGAAGAUGACUUUCUUCCCCUCCAGUAGCAGCAAAUCUGCGACUUAUGUCCAAUUUCUUGGACCGACAAAAUCUUCUGACCAAGACAAUGGCAAUGCAGACAAACUAGAACCGCUUUUGACACCAUCAUCUGCAAACCUCGGAAGUUUUCACGAAAGUGACAGCAUGUCCGACAUGGAUAUGCUUAUUGCCGAAGGAGAAGGCGCGAUAAAGAAAAAGAGGAGACCUAGAAGAGGGGAUGAUUUUACAUUUGCUGAAGCUAUGAUCAAAGCUGAUUUCUGGCUUCUGUUCUUGGUCUACUUUGUCGGGGUUGGCUCUGGUGUUACCAUUCUCAAUAACCUGGCACAAAUUGGAAUAGCUCAAUAUAUGCAUGAUACAAAGAUCCUGUUAUCCCUCUUCAGCUUCUUCAAUUUUGUGGGUCGCCUUGGCGGAGGUGUCAUUUCUGAAUAUUUUGUCAGAUCAAAAGCGAUCCCUAGGACAGUUUGGAUGACAGUUACACAAGUUAUAAUGAUAAUCACGUAUCUCCUUUUUGCUUCAGCUCUUAAGGGCACUCUUUAUGCCGCAACUGCAUUGCUGGGAAUCUGCUAUGGCGUUCAGUUUUCUAUCAUGGUCCCAACAGCCUCCGAGCUUUUUGGCCUUAAGAACUUCGGUAUGAUUUUCAAUUUCAUGUCACUUGGCAAUCCACUCGGUGCAUACCUAUUCUCGGGUCUCCUUGCAGGAAUUCUAUAUGAUAACGAGGCAUCAAAACAGCAUGCUGUUUCUUGCUUAGGUCCAAACUGUUUUAGACUCACCUUCCUCGUUUUGGCCGGAUUUUGCAGUGUUGGAACCAUUCUUAGCAUAGUUUUGACCGUGAGGAUAAAACCAGUUUACCAAAUGCUCUAUGCCGGGGGUUCCUUCCGGCUACCCCAAAGUUCAAGUCAUUGAGAUAACUAUAGUGAUGGACGGCUUUCUCUAGGGGAUGAUGAACCUCUUCUUCACUACCUUAGAUGUUGUAAGCGUUUCUAUAUGUAUGUUCAAUAUCUUGUAUUUCAAUGUAAAGAUUUUGGAAUGUCAUAUUGGAAUGAUUUUCCAGCCUUCAGCGUAUUUAAUAUAUCCUGAAGAGUGAAUCUAGCAUUUUGAUUGGACUCCAGUCUCCUUAAUAUACUUGACACGCGUUGAAUUAUAGGUAAAUUUAUGUA